UAACUGUUUUCAGGGUCUUGAGCUACUCCAGUGCACUGAAUAUAAGAAAUCAUCAUCCACCGCAUCAUGUAGACUCUGCAUAGCGUGACCUUCUUUCCCAACUGCUUCAGGCUUCAAGCCUCUUAUAAACUCUUCCUUGGAUAUUAUCUUACAACCAAAAUGCGAGCUAUCCAAGUGAAGCAGUACGUCAAGGGUCCCUCUGAGCUCACCGUCUCUGAGCUCCCUGACCCUAUCCCCGCUGCAGACGAAUACCUAGUCGCCAUCCACGCAUCCGCGACCAACUUCUUCGACCUCUUGCAGAUCCAAGGCAAAUACCAGCUCCAACCGCCGCUGCCAUGGGUCGCGGGAUUCGAAUUCGCCGGAACCAUCCUCCAAACCCCUCAAGCUACAAAGUCCCGCUCGCCUAGGUUUGCUGUCGGCGAUAGAGUCUUUGGUGCAGGCCAGGGCGGAUAUGCCACUAAGACGACAGCCAAGGAGGGAUUCUUAAGACCGAUUCCACAGGGUUGGGACUUUGUCGAUGCAGCGGGGUUAUUUGUCACAGCGCCAACGAGUUAUGCCGCCUUGGUUACCAGGGCGGACAUUAAAAGAGGAGACUACGUCCUCGUCCACGCUGCUGCCGGCGGGGUCGGUCUAGCCGCCGUGCAAAUCGCCAAAGCCCUCGGCGCCGUCGUGAUAGCCACCGCCAGCACGCCAGCGAAGCUCGACAUCGCGAAAUCAUACGGCGCAGACCACGUCGUAUGCUAUCAUAGCUCUCAGAACCAUCGAAAAGCCGGCUCUCCCCCUUCUCCAUCAACCCCAUCCCAGCCCAAAUCCUCGGCCUUGUCAACCACGAGCAGUAAAAAGCCCAGCAAGCCAAAACGCAACGAACCGUCAUGGCCCGAUGAGGUCCUCUCACUGACCCCAUCGCGUCGCGGCGUCGACAUUGUCUUUGACCCUGUCGGAUUAAUUACUCCUUCACUCAAAUGUACCGCAUGGAACGGCCGACUUGUCGUCGUCGGCUUCGCAGCAGGGGCUAUUGAAAAAGUCGCGAUGAAUCGGGUCUUACUCAAGAACGUCAGCGUGACGGGACUGCACUGGGGACAGUAUGCGCGACAUGAGCCGCAGACGGUGGAAACGGUCUGGCGGGAACUGUUCAAGUUGAUGGAGAGCGGGAAAUUUAAGGGCACGGCGUUCAAACCUGGCAUCGUGAGCGAGGGCAAGGGCAAGGGCGAGGGCGAGGGAGACAAGGCCUCCUCCACCCCCUCACCGUCAUCAAUUUCAAAGAAGAACGACGAUGGGAAAGAAGAGGUCCCGUAUGUCGGUCUAAAUUCAAUCCCUGAAGCUCUUAGGGCACUUGGAGCGCGCGAAACGUGGGGGAAAGUCGUAGUGCGAGUUCCGCAGGAUGACGAUGCUCAGACGCCGCAGGGGGUGAAGAGUAAAUUGUAAAUUGCAACACUGGAUGUAGAAAUCCAGUGGAUUGGAUCCAAUAUAUCAAUGCAAAUUCCUUCAUCUACUCGCGCGCAUAAUGGCGGCUCUUGGAAACAAGAAAAAGGAGAGGCUGAUCUGUCUGUAUACAUGAAUAGAAUAAGAAGUAUAAAUCUCUUGAUGAAGAUAAAAGAUGAUCUCGAGAAGUGAAGGUAUUAAGCAAGUAUUAAUACAAAGGAAUAAAGAGCUUCAAAUGCAACAUAAAUGCUUUUGACGGCUAUCUAAAAACACCUCCUGUUCUUGUAAAACGCCACUCGGGUUCGGGUUCGUAAGAAGAAAUGAAAACGGACAAGGUAUCAAUGACGAAAUAAAGUCUUUCAACAAGCAAAAAUUCAUGCUAUACCGCUGCAUUGAAAAACCUCAAAGCAUCCGGGGGAACGCCCUUUUCCAGCAACCAAU